UAUAUGGUUCGGUGCAGUGGGAUUCCAUUUCAAAAGGUCUCCUUCUCGUUGCUGGCUCUUUCUUUCCACUUCCCUUGUGAUAAGAUAACGAAGUCCUGAUAAGCCAUACCGAAGACUACUUUUGAACAAAAACAAAUCUGAAAACUGAAAAUGAAAAACCAUUGCGUUCUCUUUCGGUGAUUCGCUCUGAAAACAAAGACCUUCAGAACUUUCGCCUUUCCGCCAAAAAUUCUAUUUUAUUUGGUUUAGGAGUCCAGCAAUGCAUCAAAUUCUUGGGGAUCUUGGAUAUUCAUCGGCAUUUGGCACUGAUACUAGGAAUCCGAAGGUUCAGCUGAAAAAAGGUGUCAAGGCAUGUAACAUAUGAGCCAUGCAGUGACCAACAAAAUAAUUCACCUGAGGCUUCUAUGGUGGACUCUGGUUCAGCAUCCAUUUCAAGAAACAUGAGCAGAAGAGUUAUAUGCGAAGAAAUUGAUUUUGUUUGCGGCUUGAUUGAAAGGUGCUUGCAGUUGUAUAUGAACAAAAAUGAGGUGGUGGAAACCCUUCUGUGCCUUGCAAAUAUUGAACCUGGCUUCACCACCUUGGUAUGGCAGAGGCUUGAAGAAGAAAAUGCAGAAUUUUUCAAGUCUUACUGCGUAAGGGUAAAGCUGAACAAACAAAUCCAAUUGUUCAAUGAUUUACUCGAGAAGCAGUCCGAACUAAUGAACAGUUCUUCACCUCAGAGUGGGAUUCAUUGCAUGCCGGUUAAUAAUCCACCUCUGGGGUAUCCAAUUCUGCAGCAGCCUUCAAUUUCUUUUAUUAGUCAAUACCCAAGUUAUUUUGUGGACCGUAUGCCCAGCUGUCAGGCGGUACACAGAAUCCCUUCACCAGGCAAUUUCAACCCUACACAACUGUGCCGCCGAUACAGUACCUUCCAUUCCUACUUGUUCUACCAAGUUGGAGAAUCAUUCAAGUUCUGCAUUAAUGGCAUCCUGUGGCCAAGUUCCCUUCACUUUAUCAGCGAUGGCAGGACUUGGAAUGGAAACACCAGACUUAACGCUACAAAUAAUCUUCAUGUGGAAAAUGUAGAAGGGUUGCAACUUGUCUCUGAUGGUCAAAAUGGACCACCCAAGGAACUUCAAUCAUUAAUGCAGAUUUCUUGGAAUUCAAGCGUCUCAGAUAUAGCUGCGGGGUGGCAAAACUUACAAGAUGUUGGAACACCAGGCAACUUAUUCGGGCGGCACCAUUUUACCUUUUGAUGCAGAUGGGUUGCCUGAAUCUACAGAGCAAAAAUCCGUGGGUGAGGAUGAUGAGUAUGAGCAAGCAGAUCAGUCGGGAAGGUUUUCGUUAGUGGCCCGGUCUUAUAAAGUUGGACUUGUUGUUUAUUUGCUUUGUUACUAGAGUCGGGCCAUAACCUUUUUACUUAUUUGCUUAUAUUAGCCUAUGGCCAGAGAAAUAGGGAUAUAGUAAAGGGAUUCUGACAGUAUAUUACUGUUGGGAAAUAUUGUAAAGGCAUGUGGAAAGUAAUAGAAUUUCUCAUUCCUCUUUUUUCCUUCUUCUCUACAGAGGUGCUUCACUCGAAGUGAGCUUAUCUGGGUCUUUUCCUUAGAGUUUUGGUGUGCAACAUAAUGUACAAGACUUCUUUGCCCUCACUAGUUUUCGUUAUGUAGCAACAGUUUUGGGAGUGAGAAGCGAAAAGAGGCUUUU